AUGGCACUGAACUGCUUCUUGUUGUUGCUAUUAUCCACCACUGCUUCUACUUUCUUUUUACCGGUUCUGCCUGUCAGACGUCACAAACUCUAUAGAGCCCUCUAUUAUAAACUGGUCACGGAAUUACAAACAGACCCACAAGAAGAAAUUGUCAAUGCACACAAUGCCUUCAGGAGGAGAGUGUCUCCACCAGCCAAGAACAUGCUGAAAAUGAAGUGGAGUCCAACUGCUGCAGAAAAUGCUAGAACCGUGGCGAGGUAUUGCGAUCCAUCAGAGAGUGACCCACUUGACAGGAGGAUUGAUAAUACAUUUUGUGGAGAAAAUAUGAAUUUGGAAAAUUACCCCACCUCCUGGUCAAAAGUAAUUGAAGUCUGGUACAAUGAGUCCAAGUACUUCAAAUAUGGAGAAUGGCCAUCUACAGAUGAUGACUUUGAAACUGAACACUAUACUCAGAUGGUCUGGGCCUCUUCCUACCUUAUUGGCUGUGAUGUCGCAUUAUGUCGCCGACAAAAGGCAGCUAUGUACCUCUAUGUGUGUCACUACUGUCAUGAGGGAAAUAAUCAGUACUCACUAAAUAUGCCUUAUAAGGAAGGCUCACCGUGCAGAGACUGUCCAAAUCACUGCGAAGAUGGACUGUGCACUAACCCAUGCCUUCAUUAUGAUGAAUUAAAAAACUGCGAUAAACUAGUGACACGUUUUGGAUGUUCAAAUCCAACAGUUCAGGAAUUCUGCAAGGCUUCUUGUCUGUGUAAAACUGAAAUAAAAUAA